AUGUCUCAAAGACACACGGGACGGGUAUAUACCGUGAGAGACACUCCCGAAGACACUGACGACUCGCUCUACUUAGUCUUACAGUUAAUGAUUGUCUUUUUGACGCCAAGUGCCAAACACGUCAUGGUCAACCUCAGCAGCAGCGGCAUCAAGGAAGGCUUUGCUUCCGUCAUUGCCCUCCAGGACGCUGGGGCGCCGCUGAUUUGUCAGUCUCACCAUGACCAUUGCAAUUGGGAUUGGCAAUGCUUGUUCCUACCCGGGCGCCACCGCCGGCCGCCGCUGCACUUAGGGAAAGAACAAAUUCUAAUGUGGCACCUUGGAUCCGUGGCGGCAGCUUGCCCUCCCCAGGAUCCUGCUCUGGGAAAGGGACUGCAGCAGCUGGCCAUUUUAUCGCAAAUGGUACAUGCCUGUGCGGACCUUCACCGACAAGGUCCGAGUCCUGGCCGAAGCCAACUUUGGUGUGAUAUACCUAUGUAGUAUGUCACAGCAUCUGUAAUUCAAUCUUGUGUUACGUCUCAUCACGUCCUGUUUGGAACGUAAGUAAAAGAGACACUACUUACAGUUAGUGUGAUUUUCAGUCUUCUGGUAAGGGGUUGUUCAUUGGACUGAACAGACCAAUUCCCAUUAAAAGACAUAGAAUAGUCUUCCCCUCAUUGUUUU